AUAUGUUGACUAACAUAUGGCGCAGAUUUUGGCAAAACAAGUAACAACGGUAAGUCUUGGGAGGAAACAAAGACGCGUUCGUCAGUAGAAGUGUUUGAUUUGAUGUGAAUCCCAGAAUUCGAAGUGCGACCGUACGAGGGGGAGGAGGAGUGAGGGGAUAAAUAGCACUCUGAUAAGCAGCAGCACAAGGGCCAGACAAUCACUCAUAGAGGAGCAGACGAGGGCGGGCCCACACAUGACGGCACGAGUGGUUGCAACCUGGCGCUUUGGCAACUUGGGCUGACGCCAGCCUCGCAAUAUCGACACAUCACUGACAUUACGGUCCCUCCGCCCCACCCCCGUGCGCAGCACCCAACAGGAGGGUUUUGGGGGCCAAGAUUGUGUCGGAAAGACAUGAUUUGUGUUGGGAAUCGUGGAGGUUUAAUUCAAUUUCUAUAUUUGAGUUUUUAGACUCUGCUGCUCUCUCAGUUUGGUAAUUUGCUAAUUUGCUGUUAAGUGGAAGAGCAAACGACUAAUGAAGAGCCUACUGGCCCUGGUUUUGAUUCUGGCAUUUACUAGUGCCGAGUAUGAUGGAGAAGGAAAGGACAGAGAAUGCGAAGGGAAGAAGCUUUUCGAUCCCAGACCUCACAGUGUGUCACUCUUGGAGUUUGGGGCAGUUGGAGACGGGAAAACAUUAAACACAGUCGCCUUCCAAAACGCUAUCUUCUAUGUCAAGUCAUUUGCUGACAAGGGUGGUGCUCAGCUCUAUGUUCCACCCGGCAGGUGGCUCACCGGGAGUUUUAACCUCACCAGCCACCUCACGCUCUUUUUGGAAGCCGGUGCCAUCAUUCUUGGAUCCCAGGAUUAUGCUCACUGGGAAAUUGUGGAACCCCUGCCUUCUUAUGGUCGAGGGAUUGACUUUCCGGGUUGGAGAUAUCGUAGCCUGAUCAACGGAGACAAUCUAACCGAUGUGAUGAUAACAGGCGAUAAUGGAACCAUUGAUGGGCAGGGUUUCGUCUGGUGGGAGCAAUUCAGCUAUCAUGCAUUGAAUUACAGCCGACCACAUCUAGUCGAAUUCACCAGAUGCGAAAAUGUCACUGUAUCGAAUCUAACCCUCUUGAACUCCCCUGCUUGGCACAUUCAUCCGACAUACUGCAGGAAUGUGCAAGUUCUGAACAUAACUCUCCAUGCUUCUCCUGCAUCUCCAUUUACUAGCGGUGUAGUCCCAGAUUCUUCCGAACAUGUUUGCAUUGAGAACUGUAACAUUAGUAUGGGGCAUGACGCAAUUGUUCUCAAGAGCGGUUGGGAUGAGUAUGGAAUUGCCUUUGGAAAACCAACCACAAAUGUGCACAUCCGUGGCGUUAACCUUCAGUCUUCUUUAGGCUCCGGCCUGGCAUUUGGCAGCGAGAUGUCUGGAGGCAUAUCAAAUGUUCGUGUAGAGCAGCUUCGUCUACAUGACUCAUUCAUCGGCAUUGCACUCAAGACAGCUAUGGGAAGAGGAGGUUAUAUGAAAGACAUAGUUAUAUCCAAUGUCGAAAUGGAGAACAUUCGCUUGGCAAUUGAGGCUACUGGUCAGAUCGGUUUGCAUCCUGAUGAAAAAUAUGAUCCCGAUGAACUACCAGUUGUUAAAGGUAUCACCUUUGAGAAUAUGGUUGGCACUAAUGUUACAUUAGCUGGAAACUUUUCUGGACUCGAAAAAUCGCCUUUCACUUCCAUCUGUCUCUCAAAUAUCUCAUUCGCCCUCACUUGGAAUUCUUCUACCUCGUGGUUCUGUUCCAAUGUGAUCGGUUUUUCACAGGAAGUUUCUCCCAAACCGUGUUCAAACCUCCGGGAAUCGGCUUUUAACUCUUCCUCAGCUUGCUUCUUUCCGUUAUAUAAUUAUGCUUCAGUUUUGUGAGAUCAACGUCGAAAAGACAAAACCACCGGUUCCUUGCAGUCUGUACAUUAGAUACCGUUUAUACAGGAGAAUUUUCCAAUAAAGCUCCAUCUUCGAAUCUUCCAUCUCUUUGAAUACAAACAGGCAUUCUCUGCCUUGCUACGAGAUCUUCCCAAUCAUUGGGGCGUCCUGAUAGGCUCACGUAGAGCCUCGUUUCUUCGUGUACAAGGAAAUUUUGGUAGUGCAGUACAACUCAGAUAGUCAUUUGCUUCCAUUGUAUUUUUAGUUUUUCUUUGAAUUUCUUUAUAUACGAUGUAAAUUUCGCUUAAUGUGGACUGAUACCAGUUUAAUCACUCAUCAUGGUCUGGCACCGAGAGGGUUAAGUGACUGAUGUGAUUGAAAUUAUGAGUAAUUCGAGUUUAAUGUACUGGUUAAGUCAAGUUUGGUAAUGAAUGGACUUGUGCACCCUGCGCUAUAGUUGGUUC